AUGUUGCAACCCCAGGGAAGGGAGAAGGCGCCACAAAUGGGAAAAGGCGAGGAGAAGAGGGAUGGGUACCAGGAUCCAAAGCGGAGGAGAGGUGGGGAGAGCAGGGAGGAGGUGGAGGGGAGGUUGAGGGAGUGUUUGAAGGAGAGGCGGCUGUGGCAUCUGCUGGAAGACCGAAGCCCGUUGCUGGCGUCCCUUAAAGCCCAUGUGAAGCUUCUUUGGAAGAUGGGGCAGCAGGCGGUGCAGGAGAGGCGGCUGUGGCAUCUGCUGGAAGACCGAAGCCCGUUGCUGGCGUCCCUUAAAGCCCAUGUGAAGCUUCUUUGGAAGAUGGGGCAGCAGGCAGUGCAGGUGAGAAGGGGGGAGUGUGACAUGUGUGGGGAGAGCAGGGUAAGCAGGGAGGAGGUGGAGGGGAGGUUGAGGGAGUGUUUGAAGGAGAGGCGGCUGUGGCAUCUGCUGGAAGACCGAAGCCCGUUGCUGGCGUCCCUUAAAGCCCAUGUGAAGACCCUUUGGAAGAUGGGCCAUGAGGCAGUGCAGGGAAGGGAGAAGGCGCCACAAAUGGGAAAAGGCGAGGAGAAGAGGGAUGGGUACCAGGAUCCAAAGCGGAGGAGAGGUGGGGAGAGCAGGGAGGAGGUGGAGGGGAGGUUGAGGGAGUGUUUGAAGGAGAGGCGGCUGUGGCAUCUGCUGGAAGACCGAAGCCCGUUGCUGGCGUCCCUUAAAGCCCAUGUGAAGCUUCUUUGGAAGAUGGGGCAGCAGGCGGUGCAGGAGAGGCGGCUGUGGCAUCUGCUGGAAGACCGAAGCCCGUUGCUGGCGUCCCUUAAAGCCCAUGUGAAGCUUCUUUGGAAGAUGGGGCAGCAGGCAGUGCAGCCGUUUCAGGACGCCCUGCUGGCGCACGAGCCCACGCUAGAGGACCUGCAGGGGGAGAAGAAAGGGGCUCUGCAGCUCUUCGCCCUGCUGCUGGGCGCUCCCGAGGUGACGUCUCUUAGGAAGGAUGAGCUUGCAGAGUUGAAGGGGUCCUCUCAGGUGCCCAGUCCCGCCCCACACCCCUUAGGAGGAGAGCAGUUGGAGACACUAGUACCAGCUACCUCUGCACCCCCCUCGGGCGAGCAGUUGAAGUUGGUACCCACUCCUUCCCCACCCCCCUCGACCUCGCAAGGAGGGCAGCUGGGAGGGCUGCUGCUGCCGCAGGAAGUGGGGUUAUCAGAUUUAGGCGAUGAGCGCAUUGCAAGGGUGCACCGGCUGGCACAGUUGAACAGACCUCCUCCUCAGCUUCCCACUCCCUCCCCUCCCGCCUUGAAAGGAGGGCAGCUGGGAGGGGUAUUGCUACCACAGGAGGUGGGAUUAUCAGACAUAGGCGAUGAGCGCAUUGCCAGGCUGAACAGGCCACCCGAUGUGCUUCUUACGGAGUUCCUUGAAAGGAGGUUGCGGUGGGAGCAUACGGAGGAGCGGGAGCUGCUGGCCGCGAAGCUGGAGGCGUACAUUCGCUCUCUCAUCCGCACCAACCCUGAGGCUCUCAAGGGCUAUCAGGAGCUGUUCUUUGCGAGGUGUGCAGGCGCAGAGGAGGACGUGCAGCAGGAGAAGCGGGACGUGGUGAGGGUGGUGGCGCUGCUGCUGGGGUGCUCUGUGCCGGCUCAAGCCAAGAAGCUCCAGCUGCAGCAUCAACCACUAAUGGCGGGGCCUGUGGUGCUCGUCACGGGAUGCUCCUCCGGCGGCAUCGGAUCGGAACUCUGCAAGGCCUUCGCCGCUAAAGGCUGCCGCGUGUUCGCCUCGGCAAGGCGACCAGACUCCAUGCAAGACCUGGCAGGGUUGGGGAUAGAGACGGUACAGCUAGAUGUCACGUCCCCUGCCUCCAUUCAGGAAGCCGUCAGCACAGUCAUUUCCAAGGCAGGCAGAAUAGACAUUCUGGUCAACAACGCGGGAGCAGGCUGUUUUGGGCCCAUGGCGGAGAUGCCUUUGGACGCCUUCCGCAGCAACAUGGAAACCAACGUGGUUGGCCUGCUCGCUGUCACGCAGGCUGUCGUUCCGCACAUGGUGGAGCAGGGCAGUGGCAAGGUCAUCAACAUAGGGUCGGUGUCGGCAUGGAUCACAACGCCAUUCGCCGGCACAUACUGUGCGGCCAAGGCAGCAGUGCACAGCAUCACACACGCGCUCAGAAUGGAGCUGAAACCGUUUGGCAUUCAAGUGAUGCUCGUUGCUCCGGGCGCAAUCAGGUCCAACUUUGGUGGCAACUCCUCCUCCUCUGUCUCCCACCUACGUCUCAAGAUAUUCUCACGCUUUCAGAAGCAGAUAGAGGCGCGGGCAGGGGCCUCCCAAACGCCCCAGUCCACGCCGGGAGACGUGUUCGCGAGGGCUCUAGUAGAGAUUUGUGUGCCUGCAUUUUCAGCAACAGAUAGAGGCUAA